UUUAAACUGCUUUUUACCAUCUGCCUGCAUUUCCUUACCAUCUGAAAGUAAGGCAGAAGGGUAGAAGGGGCUCUUAGUGGGGCAGCAGAAAAUUAUUUGAUCUAUUGUCGGUAGAUUGCAAGUUCAAAUCUCGAUGAUGCCAUAGCCAUGCGUGGCCGCGAGUCUAGAGAGCAAAAUUGGUCGUGCUCUCUGGGUGGGUGGGAUGAUGUGCUCUCUCUCUCCACUGUCAAUCAGAGUGAGACUAGGCAAUCGUGGGCAUCUGUGAGCUCUUAUAUGAGGAAGAGGAUAGAUAGCACUUUCCUCUGAAUGUGUUAUACAGCACUGUUCAAAAAGAAUUCAAAAAGAUGUGAUUGGCUGGCUUCACGUGUCUCGGAGGAAGCAUGUGUUAGACCGCACCCUACCCAGUUGGUGGUAGUUGUAUGAUAGGGGAGAGUUGGCUGGUGGGUGGGAAUUGACAGAUGACCAAAUUGGCGAGAAAAUGGGGGGAAAACCACUCGCAUACUGAAGAAGACAUGUAAAUUAGUGACGUAUCACUGUGUCACUAUCAUAGGUCACUGUUUCGCUGCAGGUUGGAGGAUUCUUGUCAAAUGUCUUGAAAAUCCCAAGGCAUUAAUCAUAAGGAGAAUGGCUAACAAAAAAAAGAAAGAAGAAAACAAAAUGUAGUAAGGUUACACAGAUCUUGGUUCAUUUGGAAUUAGGAGACUGGUGAAGGUUUUUUUUUUGUGUGUGUCUAUAAUGCAGGUUCGAUUGCCACCUAAAAUUUUGUUGACUUCCAUUCAAAAGGAUGAAUUUUUACCUCACUGAGAUCUACAGUUCUAAGGAGAAUCUCAGGCUAUUUAUAUAUUUCAGGAACCUGAAGUCAGAAGAGAUGUUUUGGUUGUCUGGGGAAACCAUUAAUAAUUAAACCUCCAACAACAAACUGCACGUCUGUGCUUAUCGGACAGGUUAUAUUCACCUCUUGGUGGACGCUCUGUAAGGUAAAAAUAUUUCAGUGUAUCUCAGUAUGUAAUGUAAAUAUAGAAGUGUGCUAAAACGUACUGGACUUUAAUUGGGUAUGUUUUAAUGACUUUGUUGUUUGUUUUGAGGUGUCACCUUUAUUUGGUGAAGUAAUAAUUAGAUUUAAGUUAGGCAUUCGAAGUUAGUGUGGUGUUCUGCUCUGCAGUGUAAAUAACAGAUAUAAUAGAGGGACAAUAAUAGAUGGGACAAUAUUUUCUUGACCAAUACAUUCAAUCAUUUUAUAUAUGCCUUAAUCAAAAGUAUUAUCAGAGGCAGGUUGGGUGAAUUCUGGUGUUUCUGGGAUUUCUGAUGUCUUUUCUUGCAAAAAAACAACAGAACGUUCUUACCUGGUAUUACCUUGGUUUCAAAAAUCCUUCACAUUUUCCAUCUCAAGUUCCAUCUCAUUUCUGCACACCUCCAGGUCAGACAUUAUUUUAUAGCAAGGAUCCUCACCAAUAAGUAGAUGUUGCGAUCAACAAAACUGGCCAGAGUGACCUAAAGGCUUUUAAAUGGCUCUCACUGUAAAUGUGGGCGCGUCAUUGCCUCAUCCUUCUUUUGGAGAGAAUCUCUCCAGGUUAUCAAACAUCCCAUUUUGGGGUGGAUAUCAGACAGAUGAGAAGCCUUAUGAGACGACUUUCCGACAAGAUUUCAAAUCAUUUGCCUCCUUAAUAAAAAGAGCCGCUAUUCAUCACCCCUCUCUGGCGAAAGUAGAACACAAGGAUCUUCAGCACAUCAGGGAGUACGAGACAGAAGUUGCCAGCUCCUUCACGCCUCAUCGUCUUUCACCUCUCAGCCGGAUCCCAGCAUGGACCAAACUUACCACCAACCUGAAAAUGCAUUCAGACCAGAGAUACAAAGAGUUCCACACCACACAGGCUGAGAGUUUCCAGCAUCUUCCCAUGCUGUCAGCUGUGCCCAGGCCUGUUCAUUUAUUCUUGGCUGCCAGUAUGAAGCAGGGAGAUGACAAACUUCCUGAAACCACUCAGAGAGCGUCGUAUGUCUCGCACAAGGUCUCGCCGGUUGUUAGAGCAGAUAGAAAGCACCAAGAUGCAGCACCAGGAAUCACAGGAGACAGAAAACGCUCAUUCUUCAGCUCCUCUUAUAAUGAUGCCUUCCAGUAUAGAUGGUCCACUCCUCCACCAACCACUGAGACGCAAUUCCACUCUUCCUUGGUAAUGGGAGACAAGGACAAAAUAUCAGAAAGUGAAACAACUCAUUCAGCCUCAUUCCAUUAUACAGGUGCCCAGAGCCCUGUAUUGCUAAAGAAGCGUCUGCAUGUCAAUCUUGGAGAUCUUCGAGAUCACGAAUGGACCACAACUACAUCUGAAGCUUUUAAUGCAAUCAAGCCUGAACAAGUUCAUAUACAAUUAGGAAAUGUGACUCUGAGCUCAAUUCCUAGAGGAGACACGGACACAAAGCGCAACCAAGAGCGAUCAACAACUACAACCAACCGAGUCUUCUUCUCAGAGGAAAACCACAAACAUUUCCCAGUUCGCAUGGACAACCCUAGCCUAAGGACCAAGAGUAAUGUUGAGUUUGGGAGGCUCAGUAUGGCAGGAAUGUUUUACAGCACCACAGCUCAGGAAAGCUAUCCACAUAAAUAUGCGAUUCGAGUCAAGCCUCGGAUUUAUCCGUCUGGUCGAGUGCUGGCAGAUCAAGAGCCUGGUCCAGCUGUUACUACUGUACAAAGUGACUAUGUUCCACUAAACACUAGAAGACGUAUUUUAAAUCCUGAGCAGCUAUAUCAGAUUAAAGCCAGUCACAUCAGGCCUCCUAACAGUGAAUUUUACUUCACAACAACCCACAAAGAAGCUUUUUCACUUAAGCCUAAAUCCAAGGUCUCUUUGGACAACCCACCAAGACAGCAUUUCAGCCACAUGCAAUUUUGAAAUAAAUUAUUAAAUAAAUAAAUAAAUAAAUACCCCACACGCAAUAUAUUAUGGAGAUAUGUCCUCCCAUGCUGUUAUAUUAGUUAAAAUGCACUUCACAGUGCUGUUGAAUCCUAGUUUCUGACUGUUAAGAAGGUGUUGAUGUUAAUAUUCUAUAACAGCAGCUCUGAUAGUAGUUCUGGCUGCAAGGUUUAUAUUAAUGCACUCAUUCUGAAAGAACGAAUUCUAUGGCGGACGCUCCACAUCUAAACAGAUUUUUAAUCAUCGAUAUAAUGAAGCUUUUUGUAAGGACACAUUUAUUUAGCAUUUUUGGAAGGUGUCCCCAGCGUCAGCAUAGAACCUUUUGGGCAUACGUAAGUAAAAACAUAUAUUUUUGGUGCAAAUACAAGACCGCUUAUCACCCAAAGAACACCAUGACCACAGUGAAGCAUGGUGGUGGCAGCAUCAUGCAUUGUGGCUGCUUCUCUUCGGCUUGGCAAAAAAAAAACAAAAAAAAAACUGCAGGGCUCUGUUAGACAACUGAAGAUGAAGAAAAAUGUCACCUUCCAGGAUGAUAAAGACCCAAAGAACAAAUCCAAGUCAAUAAAGGAAUGGCUUCAGAAGAAGAAGAUCACCGUUUUGGAAUGGCCCAAUCAGAGGGUAGAUCUAAAUCCUAUCAAAAACCUGUGAAGUGAUUUGAAGAAAGCUAUGCACAGGAGAUGUCCUCACAAUUGGGGCAUUUUUGCAAGAAAAAGUGAGAUAAAAUUGCCAAAUCAAGAGGUGCUAAGUUGGUAGACACUUACGUAAAAAGCUUGAGUGCUGUAUUACAACUAAAAUGUGCUUUAACAAAGUAUUAGUUAAGGGUUGUCCACACUUACACAAUCAGGUUACUGGAGGUAUUUUUCCCAAAACAUUUCAAUUUUUUUUUUCACUUGAAUCCUCCUGGUUGUUAUAUCACAUUAAAGGUGGAAAAAAAAACAAUCAAUGGUUUCAUUUUUUUACAUCACAAAAACCUGCCAUUUUAGCAGGGAUGUAGACUUUUCAUAUCCACUGUACGUACAUAUAACUGGAAGCUGUUUUGAAACUUGCUGUGAAAUCAUUUAUGUCAGAGAUCAGAGCUUGUUGAUAGCAGCAGAUGGUUCAAGCAGAGACAGUAAACAUUAACAGUAUUGUAGUUUAUAUGAGUUUUGAACUAAUAUGCUGAAUGAAUCUUGUAUACGCAGGUCGUGACAUGCAGACAUGGUAUGUCAAAAUUUAAACAUGUAGCUUCAUAAUACAGACAGUUCUGUACACUGCUAUGUGGAGACAAAAUUAUUUGCUGGGGCCCAUCAACCCCCUGUUUCUACUGAACCGUUUGCCGCCCAGUCUCUUGGGACAUUCCUGUUGAUUUUCCUCUACACAAACAGUGAAUCGUUUGCUCCUAGGACAGUCAUAUAACCUUGAACUUGGAUAGAUUUUGUUUUACAAACUAUCAUUGUUGACCAAAACUGUAUCAGCUUUCUUUAGCCUGACAUCACCUCUAAGGGCAAAUAAGAUUCAUUUUCACUUUGUUUUGUGUUUAGUGAUUACAUUGCCUAAUUAACAUUAUACCUUACCAAAACAUGAAGAGCAAAAGUCUGUGAACUUUCAACAAAUAACAAGCUUACCAACAACUACUCUAUUAAGCAAUAGUUCUAGAAGUAGACUAUGUAUUUGCAAAUCUUUUCUUUAAUCAGUGAUAACAUCAAGGCUAUGAAUAUGUAUGGAAAUGUGGUCACGUGGUAUAGAAGAUCUGAAUUGUCUCAAGAAAAUCUGUGAUGGUGAUGAUGUUGAUGAUGAUGAUUAAACAUCCAUCAUCAUCAUCAUCAUCAUUAAAGUGAUGAAACGACUUCGUUUAAUCAACGAAACACAGACAGUCUAGCCGAUGAUUUUGGAACCUGUAUGGAUUUCCAGGCAUCCCAAGAAAUCAAGGAGAUAUUUUUGAGUGAAUUUGUGUAAAUGCUAACUUGUGUAACAGUAAGAGAAGUGGAGCAGGGAAAGGUGCUCGCAGCAGCUGUGAUGAAAAGCACACUGUACCUGAUCCAGAGGAGGAGCAGAAACACUACAGUGGCACUUCUUCAGUAAGAUGAUACCCUUUAUUAAGCUCAUCUAGCUGCACUAUUUGGUCAAAAGUAUGUGGACACCUGACCAUCACACCCACAUGUGGUUCUUCCCCAAACCUGUUCCAGCAUGACAAUGCCCCUGUGUGCAGCUUCUAAACAUCUGUCCUUUAGAUAAAAGUGACUUUAUCUUAAUUUACAUUAAUCACACUUUUUUAAAUCACCUGAUAACAUUAAUUAUGCCGUAAAUAAGCAUUUUUUUAAUUUUAGCAUUUAUUUAUUGAUUAUUAAAAAAAAAGCAACAUAUUUAAGCGCUUACCUCUUCCUGUUUUAAAAUAAUAAACUGGAAAAAACUGGAAAACAACAAUAAAAAAGACUCGAUUAGUGAAUUCACCCAUUUAUUUCCUUGGAAAUGAUUUGGUUCGGGUGAUUACAGCAGCGGAGAGGGGGCGUGGUCUAGGUGGUGGACGGCACGACAGGGGGCGUGGUCUUGUUGGUGGAUGACGCGGAGAGGGGCGUGGUCUUAUUGGUGGACUGCGCAGAGAGGGGGGCGUGGUCAUAUUGGUUUACUGCGCGGA